AAAGUCAUCAAUUGACACCUCUGCAGAGCCCCCAAAUCAUGCACCUUAUGAGGACAUUGACAAGGAGUUGCUGCAGCAACAGAAAAAUCAGUCUGCAGCACUUCAAAAUGGCUUGCAGUCUAUUGUACAUGAGGACUCGCGCCAGUGGAGCUCUCCACUUGGAGUAAUUAACUUUCUGAUGGAUGUAUGGAGUUCUUCUGGGUCUGUUGACAGUGGAGCACCAGGUCAAAGAUGUCUCAUCUCAGCCAAGUAGUCAUUGACGCUGAUGCCUCAGAUAUUUACAAGAAUGUGUUCUGCAAUCCUGCCUUUGAGCUGGAGGGGGAGCGAGAGGAGCACGUGGAUAGAUUUCCAAUGACCUCAUCCACCCCUGAGCCAAUCAAACCGCCAACGAUUGGUUGUGGCUGGGGGAAGCUGGUGGUCUCUGCUGCUGCUGUGCUCCUGGUUGCAGCUCUCUGCCUGACGUUGGCCCUCAUCCUCACACAGAUUAAAGGUCAAGAGGUUGAGGAGCAGUUGUUGUCUACCAGUGCUGAAGACCUUCUCAGCCCAGGUGGUGGAAAAUUCCCUACAAUUCCUGCAAACAGAAGCCAACAGGACAGUACGGGUGUAGCCCGCCCUGCGACCACCCCGGCGACUGAAACACGCUGUGGCGGUGUUUUGACUGAUUCCGAAGGUUUUUUCAGCUCACCAAACCACCCCGGCUCGUAUCCCCCCAACACCUUGUGUGUGUGGGUGAUCCGAACCAGCCCCCCUCACUUAAUUCAGAUCCACGUGUCUUCUUUGAAUGUUGAGGGUCCGUCUCCAUGUUUGUUUGACUGGCUGGAGGUGCAAGAGCAUUUAGAGCACAGCGCCAUGGUCACAAGGUUCUGCGGUGCUGUGGCUCCACCGACAGUCAACACAAACAGCAGCACCGUAUUGGUGACCUUCCGCUCUGAUGGCAGCAUUGCAGGCAACGGCUUCACUGCUCAGUACAGGGCCUUGGCGCCUCAGCACAAAAGUUGCUCCAGGGAAGAGUUCAUGUGCGAUAGUGGUCGCUGUCUGCUGCCCGUGUCUGUGUGUGACGGUCAUCCAAACUGCCAGGACCACAAAGAUGAGGCCAACUGCAGCCAUAAACACAGUGAAUGCGGCGGGCAGAAAAUCGGGUCAUUCGGCUUCCUGGCAAGUCCAAACCACCCCGGGCCAUACCCUCACCAGCAGUUUUGUGUAUGGCACAUAUCUGUUGACGAGGGUCACGUCAUUAUGUUGCGCUUCAAAAACUUCAGCCUGGAGUCACAAGAUGUGUGUGAGUUUGACUACGUGGAGGUACAUGACAGCGACAAUAUUGGAGCUGGAAGAGUUCUGGGAAGGUUUUGUGGCGCCACCCGCCCACCAGACCUGACCUCGUCCGGCCAGCACAUGACUGUGCUGUUUGCGGCUGACGAGGGAGUGGCUGACAGUGGCUUUAAUGCGACAUAUCAGUCCAUGUCCCUGCAGGAUAGGACAUGUGCACCAAGGCAGUUUGCCUGCAGCACCGGUGAGUGUCUUCAUUCACAGUGGUUGUGUGACGGCUGGAACGACUGCCCCGACGGAGCAGAUGAACAAGAUUGUGCCAACUCCACUUACCCCCCCUUUAGUUCCCCGUGUGAGUCCAUAGAGGUGGAGAUGUGUCUGGGUCUCAGCUACAACCUCACCUCAUUCCCCAAUGUAUGGCUCUCCAUCAUUGAUCAGAGAGAAGCUGCCACACUUCUGCGUCAGUACAGGGUUCUGAUGGAGCUGGCCUGCUACGAGCCCUUGCGGAGACUCGUUUGUGGAAUGUUCUUGCCACAGUGCAGCCCUCGCGGGGGCGUUCUCCAACCAUGCCGCUCUGUCUGCUCCUCGGCUGAGCAGCAAUGCAGCCAAGCCUUGGACCUUUUCUCUUUCAGCUGGCCCUUCAACUGCCACCUCCUGCCCAACACACUGGAUCCCAAGGAGUGCUCACUCCCCUGAUUGCGCCCCUCCCCCCACAAGUGUCUUGGAAUUUUCAUUUUUUUUUUUUUUAAUUGAGGACUGACACUUCAAGGGAAUAGAAAAGCCCUCAAGCUUUCCAGCAACAUUGUAAUUUGCUGGCCAGUAAACAUCUCAAUAACAGCAACUUUCCAAAAGCAACUGUCAUGGUGUAAGUUGCAAGAAAAUAUCAAAAUUCACUGAAUUGUUUUAAUAAUGGGUUAAUUGAUUUUAUUCCUGCGGAAACGGAAUUUACUUAAUUUUACCAAUACAGCUCUUUAAAAAUCAACUGGAGCUGAAACAAUGCUGUAUAGAGCUGAAAGACCACCUUGGGUUAUCUAUGUUCAUUAAUACUUUUCAUGAAAUAACCCAUCAAUAUAGUACAAAAGGAGAUAAAGCACAGGGAAAAAUAAGACUGACAUAAAAUAAUUUUGGCAGAGGC